UGAAAUGUAAUGACACAUUAGGACAAAUAAUCAUGUUGAUUAGACACCCAUCUACAUCAAAUACAUGGACAAUGCUAAUUGGAUUAUCAUGCUUAUUGAUAUCAUCAAUCAUUAUCAUUCAAUACAAAAAUCAAAAUAAGAUGAUCAUGUCGGCAAAACAAAACUACAAGUAUCAAACCUCCAAGAAAAUACAAUAUGCAACCCAUUCUAAGCGAGUCUUAGGAUUACUACAUAACACCAUAGAACAGACUCGAAUAACUGGAAAAGUGUUCAAGCAGGCUGUCGAACAAAAACAAAAUAAAAGUAUGGUACCAAUAUCCAAUCAUGUACAUCAAUCUGAGAUAUUUGGCAUACCUAAUAAGGUAAACAGGGAGAUUUUCUUAUACAACAGGAUCCCUAAGUGCGGCUCGUCAACAUUGUUGACAUUAUUUAACAAAAUGGCGGCAUUUUCAAAUUAUACUUCAGAAACGUCAACUGUCUUUUUGGAACAAGUACUUAGUGAUGGAAACCUACAAGAAUUUGUAGAGCAUUUAGUUCAACUGCAAAGUAAAAUUGAUGGACGUUUGGUCUAUGAUAGACACAUUCAUUACGUGAAUUUUGAAAGAUUUGGCUACAGGAAUCCUAUUUAUUUCAAUAUGGUUAGAGAUCCAUUUGAGCAAGCCAUGUCCUGGUAUUACUAUAUGUUUGCCAGGCAAAGCUUCAGUUUCAUAUCAGCGAAACAGCGAGCAACAUUCACGCAAAAACACAAGUGGAAGACAUAUGGCAAAUGCAUAGAGGAAUACAGAAACACUAGCUUUGGUUUAGAAGAAAUGUGUUUCUUGGAUGAAGGUUUGUAUGCAGGUUGGUUCUGUGGGCAUGCUGAUGAGUGUAAAGACUUGGAUAUAGGGUUGCCUAUAGCGAAACAACACAUUGAGAGAUACACACUGAUAGGCUUAACAGAGGAAUUAUCUCUCUCCCUGAAGGCUCUAGAAAAACUGAUUCCUUCUUAUUUCAGACAUAUAAGCGAAUUCGACAAGAAUAAUGCUCGAUUGAAUGCUGCAUUAGGAUCUAGAAAUGUUUAUCCCGCAAAGAAGCUAGUUAAUUUCAUAAAAGUGAAGUUAAAAUAUUCAUAUGAAAUAUACAACUUCAUCAAACAAAAAUUUCACCUUACUCUAAGAAAAUU